GCAACUACCCAUGUUACCUUGCGCUCGAAACGAAUUGUCGAUUGUGCGCCAAGUGCCGACUGUAACGUUACCGUUAACGUAGCUAGCUAGAUGAAGUGUAAACAUACAAAUCACGGUCUGUUCAUUUGUCUGUCAAAGAGGACCUUAUAUUCAGCGGCGAGGAUGACAAGUUGAGACAACUUGCAAAGACAAUUAAAUGGACAUGGAUGCAUUUUUGGAGACACUUCGGGACCAAGACGGGAGUUCCGUCCUCUCGUCCUGUGAGCCAGAGCUCCAGGAACUCCUCCGCCAGAUCGACAUCAUGCUGAAUGACAAGCGCAGCGAAUGGGAGGCUGAGGCGCGUGCCCUGGAAGGCCGUCUCCACAGCGGGGAAGCAGAGCUCCAGACAGCCCGCGACCUUCUGGACCGGAGGAACACUGAGAUCAGAGUGCUCGGUAAGCAGCUGGAAGAGAUGCAUUCUGGGAGACAGGAACUCGUGACCAAGUAUGAGGAGCAGCUACAGCAUGUACGAGAUGAGCUGGCCAAACUGAAGCGCAGUUACGAAAAGCUCCAGAGGAAGCAUCAGAAGGAAGCUCGUGAAGGGUCCAAGACUCGCGGCGACGACAAAAGCGAGGUGUCACGCCUCAACGGGAAGAUCGAGGAGUUCCGCCAGCACUCGUUGGAUUGGGAACAGCAGCGGCUUCAGUACCAGAAGCAGGUGGCAUCUCUGGAGUCCCAGAGGAAGCACCUGGCAGAGCAGUUCACCCUCAUGCAGUCUCAGGGCUCCAGUCGGCUGCAGGAGCAGACGGAGCUGCAGCGUGUGCGUAACCAGCUGCACCGCGCCCAGGACACGGUGCACAUGCAGGAGCAGGAGCUGGACCGGCUGCGCAAGCUCCGCGACGAGCUGGGAGACUCCCUCCGGGAGCGCCAGGUCAGACACACGGUGCUGAGCGAGGAGAAGCAGGAGCUGAAGGCCACUCUGGACACCCAGGAGCAGUUCCUGCGCAGCUCAGGCCUGCAGCAGCAGCAGCUGCGCGCCGAGGUCACGCGCCUCACGCAGGCCCUGCAGGCCAAAGAGCAGGUCAUCCGGUCUCUAGAGGAGUGUCUGAGUGUGGGGAGUCCGUCCGCAGGCCUGUCGUCCGUGCGUCAGGAGCUGGAGCGGGUCACCGCCCGACUGCACAGCUCCCAAGCCUGCCAGAGCCACCUGAAGGCCGAGCUGGCCCGCAUCCGAGAGAGCAUGGACAGCGAGCGCAGGCCCAGAGCAGAGCCCAGCAGGACCGCCGAGGAGUGGAAACAACUAGAGGAGGCACACCGCCGCGCACAAGCAGACGCCAAGAAGCUGCGCGAGGAGCUGGGCAUAGCGGAGCAGACGCGGCGCGGGGAGGCGGACGGCAUGCGGAGGGAGGUGUCCCAGCUGACCGGCCAGCUGCACCAGAGGGACAUCUCCAUAGCCACGCUCAGCGGCUCCGCCUCCAGCAUGGAGAAGCAGCUGAGGGCCGAGGUGGAGAGGGCCGAGCGGCGGGCCGCCGAGCUCAAGGUGACUCAGGUGCAGUUGGAGACACUGAAGCUGGAGAACCAGCACCUGAACGAGCUGCUGGAGCGCGUGGAGCCCCACUCCCCAAAGCAGAAGGGGGACGCGUCGCUGGCGUCUCUGCGGGACAGCUACGUGUCGUCCCUGAGCAGCCUGGAGCGCGAGAACCAGCAGCUGCGGCAGGACCUGGCCGAGGUGCGCGCCCGCCUGGACGCCAGCAACCAGACCUGGCAGGACAAGUACGAGAGAGCCCUGCAGCUCGGCCAGAACCGCAGCCCGCAGAGGGGUGAUGAGGAGAUCCAGCACAGGCACCAGGAGGAGCUGGCAGCCAUGGAGACGCGUCUGCGGGAGAACGCCGCGCGCUACGAGGAGGAGAUCCAGAGGCUUCACCGACAGGUGGAGUCGUUCUCGCUCACCUCCCUAAACUCCCUCCAGCAGCAGCAGCAGCAGCAGCAGCACUCCUCCUCCUCCCAGACCUCGGCCCCCUCCAACGGACCCCCCCGGGAACCCGGCAGGUCGCCCUCGCCCGCCCCUUCGUCCGCCUCCUCCUCCUCCGCCUCGUCCUCCUCGUCCUCCGCGCUCAAGGCCAGGCGAUUGGCCGCCGUGCUCAGCGGCGCGGCCAAUGGGGAGGAGGCGCGGGGCCCUGGCGCGGCGGAGGAUUUCCUGCCCCUGGAGCGCUGCGUUGACUCGCCCGUGGGCUCGGUGACCAGCCGCUUCCUGGAGGAGGAGUCGGUGCGCUCGCGGGAGCUGCUGCAGCGACUGGACGCUCACAUCCAGGGCAUGCGCCAGGGCACCGCCCUCACCCUCAACAAGUACCUGGGCAAGGGCACCAACAACGGGCCAUAAACACACACACACACACACACACACACACACACACACACACACACCACGGGUGGGCAGAGCUACUGCGCGGCAGCCGCCUCUGCCCCAGCAGGUGCCUUGCCUUGAGCCACGGCUGGGUCGGUGUGAUGGCCGGUGCCAAGACUCAAGCUGGGUGUUCUUGCCAAGGGCUUGGGCUUUUUUUUUUUAAUGGAACACCAUUAACAAGAUCAGUGAUUGAUCGUUGGUGCUUGUGUUUGAAGCAAUAAUUGCACAUAUAACUAAUGCCUGUUUGAUGAACGACGGCACCGUAUGAAUUCAAUGAAGGGUUUUCUUGUGGCAGCUGGCGGUGCUCGACAUGCUAUUUUAAGUGUACUCCCAGCAGGGCACGCCACAGGCUCGUCUGAUGCAGAAAGCUGUGCUCAGGACAAGCUUUUCCAGAGCAUGAAAAGAGACAUGAGAAUGGAUGUAGUGAACCCGGUCGGGACCUCUCGAUGUCUCACAACGCCGGAGACAAUCGGUGGAUUACGCAGACGUAAGCACUGUACGUGCACAUCGCCGGACGGCCAUUCUGACACACAUGUGAGAUGGUGCCCAGUGAGCCGCACAAUGGCUCAUCAGUGGGGAAGUGCAUAGCUUUAAUGGAGAGACAUGCCUUCCCAGUGCUCAUGUGCCAACAUACUGACAUGCACACAGACACAGGUGUAUCUUCAGGACCACUCUCGGCCAAAAGUGUCCUUACAACGUCACGCACGGUGCACUUUCACAAGUCUCGCGUGUGCUGCUAUGUUUUCAUGACCACCAAGCAAAACAACAAGUUGUCCGCUGUGCCUCCCUGUAUUUAUAUAUAAGUUUUGUUUGUUUGUGGUGCAUAACGUAUGUUUGUUGUUUGUCGUGAACUUGUGAACUAGUCAAAAAAGUAACUGCUGUAUUUUAUUUUAAAAUGGAGUAUUAAAUGCUUUUUGUUUUCA